AUGUUUGAUAGUUUGAAUGAGAUGAAGGAGUAUUUGCUAGAAAACUUCGCCGUGGAAUUGUCCCCAGCUGAUAAUGAGCAUUCAUUCAAGCUCGGCUAUAUUGCUGGCAGAAACAGACGUAUAGUUAUGGCGAACGAUAGCAACCUAGUUGAAGCGUAUUCUAUGGCUAAAGACGGUUGGGUAACGUUUUGGACAGAAGCUGCAGACUCUCCAGCGGCUAAAUACAAUUGCAAGGGCAUGACCAAGAGAGCUCGCUCAGAUGCAAGUGACGAUGAUGGUGAUAAUGGUAAACACGCGUGUUUCAUUUGAAAAAUGUGUUUAUAACGUUUCCUAAAUACUUUUAUGCAUUAAUCUUUAUGUGUGUAGCACCAAUUUCAUCUUCAGCAGCCAACAUGGGGAGCAUAUAUAAUACAGCUAUUAAAACAGAAACAUGGAGGCGAUUAUACUGAAUUUAAACUUAAAGUUUGGGCUAAAAUGUUGGUAAGUGCAGUAUAUGUUAAGUGCAUAUACAAUGAAUACAGGUUGACAUAGAAGGUUGACACGGACAAUAUAGUCAAAUUUUAUGACUUCGUCAAAGAAGGACGCAAAAAUCACAGAUUUAAAAUAUGUUUAACACGCUCGCACAAUUUGAACAAUAUUUCGGUAAUCUGCAAACGAUGCAAUAUUGAUCUGUCAAACAUAUUGAAAAUUAUGAUUUUUGCAUCAUUCUUUCACCGCUCAUAUUGUAGUUUGUAGCUAUUUGACUAUUAUUGUCAACCUUAAUUGAAAUAGCGUUGCAAUUAUUUGACGUUCUUGUAAACUAGAACUGAAAUGGAAAGCAAUCACCAUCAUUUUGUUUAGAAAGUUUCUGUUAUAUAUUGUUUGAAGAGCAACGGUACUCACAGCAGCUAUAUGAUAUGUCUCCAAAAAUCCCGUUCUUUACUGGAUUAAAAGCGGGUCAAGAACGAAACAAUUCAUCUACAUCGACCCCUGCAGUGAGGGCAAUUACAACAGCUACAACAUCAUCAAGAACAACUGAAGCCAUAACAACAACAGUGUCAAUGCCUCAAUCGAUGGAAUCAAAA